CUCCAAUCCGCACCAUAACUUUCUCCCUGACUCACUAGUAACAAGGAACUAUACAAAUAACCCACCUCAGAAAUGCCUCUCACCAUCGCCAUCGUCGGCGCAGGAAUCGGCGGUCUCAGCGCCGCCACAGCCCUCCGCAACGCAGGCCACCACGUCGAGGUCUUCGAGAAAUCCUCCUUCCUCAGCGAACUCGGCGCCGCGCUCGUCGUCGCCCCGAACGGCAUCCGCAUCCUCCAAACCCUCCCCUUCAACUUCGAGAACGCACGCGCAAAACCCAAAUCCGUCUUCGAGCUGCGCGACGGGCCGACUUUCAGCCACGUCGCGGGCGUCGAUCUCUCAGACGCAGAGGAGCGGUUCGGUGCCCCGUUGUACACGAUGCAGCGCGCGGAUUUGCACGCUGAGUUGUAUCGCGUUGCGAAGGGGAAAGGUGUCAAUGUUCAUAUUGGGCGGAGGGUUGUUUCGGCGGAUCCGCAGGAUGGGGUUUUACGGUUUGAUGGAGGGGAGGAGGUGAAGGUGGACCUUGUAGUCGCGGCAGAUGGGCUGCAUUCUGUGUUGAAGAGCGUUGUGCUGGGAGAUGAGGUCGAGAGUCCGGCGCGGACGGGGUUCAGUGCGUUUCGGUUCCAGGUGCCGACGGAGGUGUUGGUGCGCGAUGAAUCGUUUCAGCAGCUGGUGAGGGUUAAGGGGUAUGGGCCUUCUGUGUUGGCGGAUACGAGGGAUGGAGAGACCAUGGAGCAUAUGGUUUGGUAUGAUUGUCAGAAUGGGGAGAUGCAGAAUUUCGUGGGGAUUCAUAAUCGGUUUGGGAGUGAGGCGGAUGACUACAAGGCCAUGAUGGUGCAGCGUUUCGGGCAUUUCCAUCCCAGUUUGGUACACGUUAUCAGUCAAGCGCCCAAAGUAACCAUCUGGCCGUUGAACAUCUUCGCCCCCGUCCCUCGCUGGAAUCGGGGUAAAAUCCUCCUCAUCGGGGACGCCGCACACCCAAUGCUCCCCUUCAGCGGCCAAGGCGCCAACCAAGCCCUCGAAGACGCCGGGGCCCUAGGCUGUCUCUUCGACGGAGUGCAUUCCGCCGACGAGAUCGCCACACGGAUCGCACUUUUCGAAAAAGUGCGCCGGCUCCGCGUCGCACGCACGCAGUUGAUGUCCAGCGUGCGAGUCGGCAAGGAGGGUGAGAUUCAGACGGAGCUGCGACGGUACGCGGAUCCACCUGGGGCGGAUGUGCCGCAGACGUUUGCGGAGCGAUUGGCGCAUGAUUUCGGUUUCGACGUCUUUGAGAAAUGCCGCGAGGCUCUACGCGAUCACGAGGCGCUGGUGGUGCCGGAGACACGUCCGCUGGAUGAGAGGGCCGAUGCCGCGAACUAUGCGGCUUACGGACAGGAG